AUGACAAACUGUUAUGAGGAAUACCUCAGGACAAAGCAAAAUAAGCAACAUACAUUUAUUGGAAGGAUAGAGGAGCAACAGGGAGAAGAGUUUGAAUACUGUUACUGGUUUUGUGCUAUAUUGCAAAAGAGAGAGAGAGGCAAAGCUGAUUUAUCAAAAAACAAACCGCAAAUAAGAGUUGAUGAAUUCGAAGCAUUAGAGAAGAGCUUUUAUGCACAACCGAAGGAUCCUUAUAACUCAUUCCGCCAAUUAGCAGAAUUUACAGAAGCGAUGGAACUUGCUAACAAUAAGUUUGUUAUUCACCUUUGCUUGCGUAGAAAGAGUAAUGGUUUUCUCUUACGUUCUUUCAAAAUUGCUGACUUGAUACUGAAGGAGCCAGAGACAGAUUACCCUCGCUAUAAAGCUCUUUCACAUUUUAUUACUUAUAUAUGUGCUUAUUACGAAGAAUUGGUAAGAUUUCUUAACAACGUGAAAGGUGAAGAAAUGGAAAGCAUUUUUCACAAAUGGUAUCAUCAGCAGAUUAUCACAGAUGAGACAGAUGAUAGAUGGCUUGGUGAGCCUCAGACAAAAAUUAAUGGUGUUAUCAAAAAAUUGGAAGAACAGCUUGAAAUGUUUCAUUACUUACGAGAAGGUGAUGUCUUCAUCAUAUUCGCAAUUGAUGAAGCACAAUCGUUAACAGUUCCAAAUGAAAGGCUUGGUAGCAAUUCUCUGUAUCACUAUUUUCGUAUUGCAUCUGCCACAAUACCUGGAUAUGAUCUAAAUAUGAAAGUCAAUACAUUUGUUCUUUUGCUGAACACUGUCUUAAAAAUAGCUAAUUUUCUGCUACCUUCAGUAUUUGAUCCAUCUUUUCGCUAUGUUACCAAAUCUACCAAUUUGUACCUACCCUAUUGGACUAUUGAUCUAUGGGAUGUGCUUUCAACUUUUCCCAAUGCUCAUUUAAUAAUUAAUGUUCACCAGAGAAAGGAACGCACUUUAGACCUUUUGAAUGAUGAAGCACAAUGUACAGCCGUAUUUAAAGCAGUAACAAGUGCAAAAUGCAAACUCAUGGGUGGUUAUGUAAGAGCAAGUCUUUUGGUUAAGCCACAAGAACCACUUGUAGCUGAGGCAGCAGCGCGAAUCAUUAAUCAUCACAAGAUCAAAUUCAAGGAAACAAUUGAACCACUUCUUGGUUUUAUUCGAGAAAGGAUAGUAGAACUAGGACUGAAGGGAGAGCUUACUGUUCACAUCCUACUAACAUUGGCUUGGGAUCAUGCAAAUCAUCAAGUGCAAAAACAUUUGCCUGAAUUCAUCUACACAUAUCCUUUAAUGGUUAGACAGUACUUGACUGCAUUGAUGUCAGAUGUCAGUUAUCUCAAAGGUCAAAUUAAUUCUGAUAGUAUAGAACUUCUGUUGAGCGGCAUUGUAUUUUUUACACAUUUUAUAGUUGUAGCACAACAAAGUGCUAUAGAUCAUGAUAUUCCAGUUCUGCUGCUGAAUGGCAAGUUUACCUGCAUUUUAAUUCAAACGUGCAACUAUAGUGAAAGUAAUCCUAAUAUUAUGUUUGCAAGUCUUGUAAUUAUUCCCCAAACUGCAGGGUUGGAUAUGAAUCUGGAUUGGCCAUAUCUCAUUUUAUAUUUUACUUUAGGCUAUAAAAAUGGUAUGAUUAAGAAUUUGAAGGUUGUGCAUGAUACUACUAGUGAUAAGGCUAAGAAAAUCAAACGACAAGAGAUGCUAUCGAAAUCCCUUGCAAAUGAGGAUGCAGAAGUAGCAAAGAGCGACUAA